GAUGGACAUUGCGGAGUUCGGCGACUUCCUUCGUACCAUCGGCAUCGAGCCCAUGAAGCACGUGUUGCAGGAAUGUUUUGAUGAAUUUGACGAGGAUCGCUCAGGGCAGUUGAGCUUCGACGAGUUUUACAAGGUGAUGACGCUGCUGGCGCAGCGGGAAGGCUUCUCGAAGACGGAGGUGCAAGAUUUCGAAGCGGUCUUCAACAAAUUCGACGCCUUCUGUCACGAUGAGAUCGACGUGCAGGAGCUGCAACAGGUCUUGAUGUACGUGGGAAUUCCCACCACCAUCUCAGAUUGCCAAAUGGUGGCCGAAAUUGUGGAUCUAGACGACAGCGGCUACGUUGAUUUCCAGGAAUUCCUGAUGUGCAUGCGCCUCUUCCGAGACCGUGAACUGGCAGAGCUGAAGAACAAGCUUCAGGCCUUGGGGGCCGACGACUCUGAAAGCAUCCUGCCCUGCGAGAUGCUAAAUCUCCUCCAUAGCACAGGCUACGUGGCGGAUCAGGAAGUGGUGAACGAGGUGCUACAAGAGAUUGGAAUCGAAGCGGAGGAACAGAUUGGCCUCGGCAGUCUGUGGAAGUUCCUGGUGAUCUUUCGUCAAAGAGAAGGGCUAACGCGCGCGGAGACGAUGCGAGUGCGCAAGGCCUUCAAGAAGUACGCCAGCGGCGAUGAGGGCGAUGAUGAACUCAUCAGGGAAGUGCAGACAGAUGACAUUCCCAAGCUCCUGCGCUUGGUGGGCUACACCUUGGCUCUGGAGGAUCAGAAGCAGCUGGUUGCGCAGGUGGAUAUCGACCGCUCGGCUUCCUUGAACAUCUUGGAGCUGAAGAAGUUGGUGCGCUUCGUCCGCGAGCGACGAACGCGAGACCUGCAGGCAACCAUCAACAAGUAUGACAGGUCCGACACGGGGGUUCUGAGCGAGCGAGAAGCCUUGAAAGCCCUCAAGGACCUGGGAUGUCUCAGGGAAGAACUUUCAGUGCUGCCUCCUGAAGUUCUGGAAGAUCUGCAGGAGGGCUUCCUAAGCCACGCAGCCUUCACAAGGUCUGUUCAAGAAUACGACGAGCUAAGACGGCGUCAGUUGAUCGAUUCUGGUGGAUAUACCAUGGAGCAGAUGGAACAGCUACGACGGCAGUUCUCCUACUACGACUGGGAUGAUAGCGGAGAUGUCAGCAAGAAGGAGCUGGUGCAACUCAUAGUGGAUGUCUUUCCAGACAUGGCCUUUGAUCCGGACAAACGGCCGCUUUUGCUGCAGAUCAUGAGGGAAACCGAUUCUGAUAGCAACGGCAAGCUGGAUUUUUCGGAGUUUUUGCAGCUGAUGCGCACAGUGGAAGAUCUGGAACAACUGACUCAACUUCAGAAGGAGCGUUCGGUCAUUGAUGAGACACGCUUCACCAGCAACGAAGUGAGUGAGUUCAGAAACAUUUUCCUGGCAGUGACGAAAGGUGAGCCCCGGAUGAACUUGGCAGAUUUCAAGGAGAUGAUGAGCCCCGUGUGCCCCAUGGGAGAUAAGAACAGCCAUGCCAUCUCCGCCAUGUGGAUGGAAAUUUGCGACAGCGGCUCGAAGAUGUUUGACUUUCCAGACUUCCUGUUGAUUAUGCGCCGUUUGCUGGACAUGAACUUUGCCAACAUGAACCAGCGUUUGGGCCGCGUCUCACAGCGGAAGACGCACCAAUUCUGAAUUCUGAGUGCCAGAAAUGAUGAAUCUUUUCUGUAGCACCCGUGGUCUUGGCAUCCCUAGAAGUGAGCUUCACUGGA